AAAACACUGAAAGUGACAGGAAUAGACUGAUCGUCUGCAUCACAUCACACAUGGACACAAUCCUGCAGAGAAGGACCUUCAGACGGCACUGAUACACAUCCAAACAACCAGGCACGGACAUGGAGGGAAAUACAACAUUGUUCCCUGGCAACCGCAGCCAGAUCAACAUCACCUGCUCCCGUGACAAUGUUUUGAAGACGGUGCUGUUUCCUGUCCUGUAUUCCUGUCUCUUUCUGGUGGGGAUGUCACUCAAUGCUGUGGCAGUGUGGGUGUUUUUUCGCAUCCCUUCACGAUCGCACUUCAUCAUAUAUCUGAAGAAUGUUGUUGUCGCAGAUGUCAUCAUGACCCUCACGUUCCCUUUCAAGGUGCUGUCAGACUCCAACAUGGCAUCCACAAACCUACGGAUAUUUGUGUGUCGAGUUUCCUCUGUGCUGUUCUACCUCACCAUGUAUAUCAGCAUCCUUUUCUUUGGCCUCAUCAGUAUUGAUCGCUGCAGAAAGACCCUUAACCCCUUUAGAGGCACUAACUCUGCCCGGCUGGCCCGAAGAAAACUCCUUUCAGGGGCCAUCUGGGCUUUCCUGCUGAUCCUCAGUCUGCCCAACGUGAUCCUUACAAGUAAGACCCCAAAUUCUCCAUAUUUCAAAUGCAGCGACCUGAAGACAAAGGCGGGGCUGUAUUGGCAUGAGGUGGUAAAUCAUAUCUGCCAAGUGAUUUUCUGGGGAAACCUGGUGACUGUGUUAGUUUGCUACACUCUGAUCACCAAAGAGCUGUACAGGUCUUACACCCGCACUAAGUCCCACAGCCCUGAGGGGUCUGUAACUCCGGCGUCAAGUGGGGGAACAACUCGGAAGCCCCACCAUGCCAAAAGAAAAAUGAAUGCAAAUGUGUUCCUGGUUCUAGCGGUCUUCUUUGUGUGUUUUGUGCCGUUUCACUUCGCCCGGGUGCCGUACACAAUGAGCCAGACCCGUGGGGUCCUCUUUGAUUGCAAGCUUAAGCUUUUCUUCUUUCAGCUGAAGGAAAGCACGCUUUUCCUCUCAUCCCUCAACUCUGUACUGGAUCCCCUCAUCUACUUCUUCCUCUGUAAGUCCUUCAGGAGCACUCUGUUCAAGACCCUGCAGCUGCCUCCUGGUACCUGCAGCAGACUAACAGGGAGAAGGUCAGACACGUAUACAGGAGACUCGUCUGUCUGUACAUAGUCACAUACCCACAGACUUUGGUGGUGUGGGAUCUGAACGAGCCUCCUGUUGACUGACCAUGUGACACAGUACUUUGUGGACAUUUUGCAAGUGCAUAGACAAUUAGCAGGUUUUCCAACAGCAAUUCACAUUCGUCUUGAUAACUCCUGGUUAAAAAUGCAAUGAGAACAUUUGAACUGUCUUCUUUGAAGAUCCUAAUAAUUUGUACUGAAAAUAAUUUCCAAGAGAUGCACUGUCAUCUAAAAUUUGUAUAUGUUUUAAGGUGUAUACUGUUUGUACUCACACUGUUUCAGUCUUAAUUCCUAAUGUAUGUUCUCACUGACUCGUGUCACUAACAGUGAUCCUUAACAAUCAGCAACAAAGUCAAUUUUUGUAACAUGUUGGCUGAAGUACUGAGGGACUUUAGAGUUGUCAUGGUCAGAUUUUACAAUCUGGGGUAAUAUCCAAAUGUGUGUGUUGCAUUCUGUUGCUCUCCAAAGUGAUUUAGGCCUUUAAUUUUUGAAGAAAUUUACUAUGAAACUACUAUAAAGGAGGUAAAUAUCUUCAUAAUGUUGGCAUUACUGGUUUUUGGCCCUGUGGUUCUUUCUAAUCACAUUGCAAAUUAUGAUUUUACUCUUCAGUUUAAUAUCUGACUUGGUUAAAAAUGUUUGUUACAAUAUAUAUUUGCAGGUAAAGUCUUGCCUCAGAAUAUUAAGAAUGAAAUUGAAUA